CGUCUCGAUUCCCCAACUUCCCUCUCCGCCGCGAAGCCCUAGCUAGGGUUUCUGCAAUUCCGCUCCUCCCCUGCUCUGCUCUGGCCACCGCCAUGGCCGCGCUGCAGAGCCCCCUGCGCCGAUGGAAGCCCUUCCUCGCUGCCUUCUCCUCCGUCGACGCCGCCAUCGAGGCCGCCGACCCGGGGAACCUCUCCCGCGCCGAGUUCAGGAGAGCGCGGGGGCGCGUCGUCGAGAUGCUCUGCGGCGCCGCGGACGACGCGGAGGCGGAGGAGCUCUGCCUCGUGCUCGACGAGGUGAUGGCGGAGUCGCUCCUGACGCUGCAGAUGGUGCCCGUGGCGCCGGAGCGGCUGGCCACCACCGAUCUCGCCGAGGUCCUCGGCGCGAUGAGGAAGCGGCACGAGUCGGAGCGGAUCCGCGGCCUCGCCACCGACAUCGUCCGCGCGUGGAAGGCGACCGUCAAGAGCGACCUUGUCAGGAUGACGGCCGCCCUGGAGAGGAUUCCUCACUCUCCGAAGCGAAUCGACACGGGUCGUCCCAAUCUCGAAGCGAAGGUGAUGCAGGGAUCACCGGCGUCCAAGAAGGCUACCACCAAUAAUGGCGGCUGCCACGUCAAUCCGACGAAGACCUCAGCGCCGUCGCCGCCCAAGAGAAGUGCUCCAGUUGUUGGCUGUGCUCGAGUCAAGGCGGACGACAAGGGCGCAGCCGCAAAGCCGAAGGAAUCGGCGCAUCCGGCGAAGAAGCUGCAGCCGACUGGCAUCAGCGGCCGCCAAGAUCAAGAUGGCAUCAAGCCCUACCUCAGUGACCCCGAGAAGCUGGCGGCGGCGGCAUUAGCCGCUCCAAAGCGGAAGCUUCACGAAGGACACCAAGAUCAGGAAGAGGAAGCGAAGAAGCGGCGCAAGAUGGCCGACACGGGCGCAGCAACGAAGCCAAGGGAGCCAGCGCUUCCGCCAAAGAAGGCGCCGGUCCUCGUCGCCAGCGCCGGCCGCCGCCGCGAGAGCAUCGGGCACCGCAAUGGAGACGAGAUGGUCGCUUCCACAACGCGGAGGCUACGUGAGAGCUACCAAGAGGCGGAGGAGGCGAGGCGAAGAAGCGGCGGAAGGUCCAUGUCGUCGAGGACCCGAAGAUGGUGAAGCAGAGGCAGCAGAAGAUGCACCCAAUCACCCAACAGAAGUCGCUUGGGAGGCGCUAGACCUUUAAAAACUCAUCAGUACAUAUUUACUUAGUUAAUUAGCUGUGCAUCCAAAGAUCACAGUAGCUUCUUGUGAUGUAAAUUGAUCGUGCAUCCAAAUGUCAUCCAAGAUUAAUUCUUGUGAUGGCACGAACCCCAUGUAAGCAGCAAACCUUUUCUAUGUAUGUGUUACUCGAUCAGUGAAAUCAGAAUUCGUAUAAUGAAGAGCGCUGUUACUGAA